AUGCACAAGUUCGUCAAAGAAGAGGCUAUCCUUUACUGCCAAUAUGCGAGGAAUAUAUGGAGUGGCGUUGACAGAAGGGUUUCGCUGUUGGGCGUCACGUCGAAGAUGUUUGCAGUGAGCAGUUUGAGUUACCACAGCCAACACUCCCCUUGGUGUUUAACAGUAUUAGUGACGGCAAUUCCACUGGAAUCUGAAGCACGUGAUAAACGUGAUGUUUUGGAUAUGUUGAAGAAUACAUGGAAUGAAGGUGCAAGACUACUGACAAGCGCUGGUGAAGCUGUCUACGACUUAGCACAUCCCACUGAGAAAAGUAUUCUCAACAAAAUGGCCGACAUGACGAAAGUGUCAAGGUGA